AGUUGUCUGACGCGACCAUCUCGUCCCAACUCUGGAAUCAUGGCGCAUGUUGUGCAACCUUUGGAUCAGCCCUCCAACUACAAAGAUUCUCAGGCGCGUAUGGACCGUCACAAGCAAAACGAUCUCUUGUCGAAAUCUACAACUCUAUACAUCGGUAAUUUGAGUUUCUACACAACAGAGGAGCAAAUAUACGACCUGUUUACAAAAUGUGCCAGCCCAGAAGAAGGUGGAGGUAUCAAGCGUAUCAUCAUGGGACUGGACAGGAACACUCGGACUCCUUGUGGAUUUUGUUUCGUCGAAUACUAUACGCAUGCCGAAGCCCUUGCGAGCAUGCGGUACGUGAGUGGUACGAAACUGGACGAGCGCAUCAUUCGCUGCGACUUGGACUUGGGCUACAAAGAGGGCAGACAGUUUGGCCGAGGGAAGAGUGGUGGACAAGUUCGAGAUGAACACCGUCAGGACUAUGACCCGGGCCGUGGGGGCUGGGGCGCACAAGCACAACGGCUUGAGAUAGAACGGCGCAGAGAGGUGGAGGAACGAUAUGCCGACGCCCAGGAUGGCCCUGGUGCUGUGGCCGGUGGGGGCGGUGACUGGAAGGACACAGAGGGUGCAGAGUCACGACCGAAGCGUGGGCGUUCUCCAGAUGACGAAGGCGAUAAUCCCAGGGGUCAACGGUCUCGUCUUGACAUUGAAGAGAGUGAUCGGAUGUAACAUAGUGCCAAUCCAGUGCAGUUCUUCAGUAGAUAACACGAGCUCGUAUAAGAUAAUCGCUUCCGUCUCUGGUCGUCUUUGUCAUGUGCAAUCGCCUCACCAAUCUAUGGGAUUCUGAAGGAGAUUCCAGCCGGACGCGGAAUCGACUAACGGUUGCAAACGCUUUCGGUGGACUGAGGUUGGAAAGAGUCAGAGAAGUCAUGGAAUGGAGGUUAAAUACACACGGCGGAACGCUGAAUAUGUAAUCUUGUCCCUGCAAGACUCGAAAGUCUUUCAACAACACGUCCAGCAUGGCAGGCCGGAAAUUCUUUGGGAAACCCCACAAAACAACGUCCUGGCCACGAGAACCGAGUUCGGAAUCGAGUCCGACUCCGUAAGGAUUUGAUGGUGUAGGUUUUCGUGCACAAGGCUCAGCUAGGACAUGAACACCAGAUAUGGACGGUUUUUCUAGAUUCUCGAGGUUGAAAUGAAGAUAUUGCGGGUGCGUCAACUGAAGCAAAGCUCGACCAGUGGGUUCGAAU